GGUGUUGUUGUUGUGGUGUUGUCGUUGUUGUUGUUGUUGUGGUGUUGUUGUUGUUGUGGUGUUGUGUUGUCGUUGUGUUGUGUUGUUGUUGAUCUUCCUACAGUACGCGUUAGUUCAUAUAACCCCACCGCUGUGUUGAUGUGUAAAGGUGUUUCAAACUGUGUGAGGGGUUCAAUAUUGUCAUCCCUCCACCUGAGAGGGUCUCAGGAGUGUCAGCUCCGCCCACAAUGCAACAUAAUAUAUCAAACAAUAAAAGCAGAGGAAAUUACGAGAGAAUGUUGCAAGAUGUGCAAGUUAAUACGAAUCAAAUGAAGAUAGUGCAGCAGAAAUCUACACAGUCUGAUAGAAGAACAGAGUACUGUUUAUCACCGUGGUAACUAUGAGGAUGAAUAAGUGAUGUCACCAGAGGAACACAGGCCUUCACUGAGCUCAGAUUCACUGAAAAAAACAAUCAUUGGAUGAACAUGAUUUUAUCAUCUGUAUUCCACGUAAACAAAAUCCUGUUAGCUCCAGAUAUUUUGAUUGUGUCAUUUGAACACAACAAAGACGUGUUGGUGUGACGUAAAGUACGAACAGUGAACUCAUUUGAUUUUAAAACAACAUGUUUAUACUUUUUUUUGUUUUUGAGGAACUGUUCCUUGGAAGACAACCUCUGCCCAUCCAGAUUAAGCACACUCUUUUGCAGCACUUCAAAAGUGCACUUGAGUUCGGGUGGGUAGGUAAGGUUUAGGCAGUAGAUCAGUCCAAAUAACAGAACACAGGCAAUAGCAAUGCUGUCCAAACCACUGAGGACCUCCACGCCUUCGAUCAGGACACCAAUGUCCUCCAAGUCAUCUCCUGGCUCUGCACCCUCCUUGACUAUGGCAUAUACGCCCAUCACAGUUUGAUCCAUUGAUUUGUGGGCCUCAGUGUCUGUGUCCUGUGGAAAAAAUAAAAAACAAUACAUUUACUAAGUCUAGAAAAAGUGGAGCAAGACAUUGUAGGAGAGACAAUGUGAAAUAUGCUAAAUGCUGAUAAUAAAAUGGUUAAGUUGCAUGCAGAAAAUACAAAAGAGAAGUACAUAUGAAGUUGUACAGUAGGAGAUGUACAGAAGAAAUACAGAAGCACUCAUUAUGUAUAUCUUUUAGCUAAUUUCAGAUUUUUCAUUGAUCAUUGAUAUACACGUUGAAAAAAAUAUAUACAUUCAUACGGCCACUUUGUUAACGCAACUCUCCACAUAUUCUUUAACAAGUUUUCCGUUGUCUCAGUUCAGGUAGACACUGAGGCACUUCAGGAUGCAGGCGCGUUUUGUGUGUACUGUGUUGUGAGAGAAACAAAACAGGAAGCCAAUUCAGAGAUUAUUCAGCAUUUUAUCCAUCUGUUUACUCUGUUUCUGGUGUGAAAUCUUUCUUAGUGCACUCCACGUAGUAAAUGUGCAUAGACCAUCCAUCCAUCCAUCUUUUCCCGCCUCUCCGUCAGGGUCGCGGAGGUAGCAGCUCCAGCAGAGAGCCCCAAACUUUCCUUUCCCUGGCCACAUCAACCAGCUCUGACUGGGGGAUUCCAAGGCGCUCCCAGGCCAGCGAAGAGACAUAACCCCUCCACCUGGUCCUAGGUCUACCCCUCGGUCUCUUCCCAGCUGGACGAACACCUCCCUAGGGAGGCGCCCAGGUGGCAUCCUCACUAGGUGCCCGAACCACCUCAACUGGCUCCUUUCAACGCGAAGGAGCAGCGGUUCUACUCCGAGUCCCUCCCGGAUGACUGAACUUCUCACCUUAUCCCUAAGGGAGAUGCCAGCCACCCUGCGGAGAAAUCCCAUUUCGGCCGCUUGUAUCCGCGAUCUCGUUCUUUCGGUCCUGACCCAUCCUUCAUGACCAUAGGUGAGGGUAGGAACGAAGAUGGCCCGGUAGACAGAGAGCUUUGCCUUCUGGCUCAGCUCUCUUUUCCUCACAACGGUGCGGUAAAGCGACUGCAGUACCGCUCCCGCUGCUCCGAUCCUCCGGCCCAUCUCACGCUCCUUUGUUCCCUCACUCGAGAACAAGACCCCGAGAUACUUGAACUCCUUCACUUGGGGUAAGGCUUCAUUCCCUACCUGGAGUGGACAGUCCAUCGGUUUCCUGCUGAGAACCCUGGCCUCAGAUUUGGAGGUGCUGAUCCUCAUCCCAGCCGCUUCACACUCGGCCGCGAACCGAUCCAGUGAGUGCUGAAGGUCACAGACCGAUGAAGCCAUUAGGACCACAUCAUCUGCAAAAAGCAGUGGUGCAAUCCUUAGCCCACCGAACUGCAGACCCCCUCCCCCACGACUACGCCUCGAAAUCCUGCCCAUGAAUAUCACAAACAGGAUUGGUGACACCCAGAGCCUUCAGCAUUUCUGGGCGGAUCUCAUCCACCCCUGGGGCUUUGCCUCUGUGGAGCUGUUUAACUACCUCAGUGACUUCCCCCCGUGAGAUUGGAGUUGAUCCCCCUUCAUACUCCAGCUCCGCCUCUAACAUAGAGGGCGGAGUUGUCGGGUUCAGGAGUUCCUCAAAGUGUUCCUUCCACCGCCCUAACACACUAUCAGUUGAGGUCAACAGCGUCCCAUCCUUACUGUACACAGCUUGGAUGGUUCCCUGCUUCCCCCUCCAUGGCUUCUCUGAACUUCUCCCACACCCGCUGCUUUGCCUCGGCCACGGCUGAGUCUGCUGUCCUUCGGGCCCGUCGAUACCUUGCAACUGCGUCAGGAGUACCCAGGGAUAACAUAUCCCGGAAGGCCUCCUUCUUCAGUCGGACGGCUUCCCUGACCGCCAAUGUGCACCAGGAGGUUCGAGGGUUACCGCCCCUUGAGGCACCUAAGACCUUGAGACCACAGCUCCCCGCCGCAGCUUCGGCAAUAGAGGCUUUGAACACCGCCCACUCUGGUUCAAUGUCCCCAGCCUCCGCAGGGAUGCCUGAAAAGCUCCGCCGGAGGUGUGAGUUGAACUCACCACCAGAUGGUGAUCAGUUCACAACUCCGCCCCUCUCUUCACCCGAGUGUCCAAAACAUGCGGCCUCAGGUCCGAUGAUACGAUAACAAAAUCGAUCAUGGACCUUCUGCCUAGGGUGCUCUGGUACCACGUACACUUAUGAGCAUCCUUAUGUUCAAACAUGGUGUUUGUUAUGGCCAAUCCAUGACGAGCACAGAAGUCCAGGAACAAACCACCACUCCGGUUCAGAUCAGGGGGGCCGUUCCUCCCAAUCCCGCCCCUCCAAGUGUCUCCCUCAUUGCCAACGUGUGCGUUGAAGUCUCCCAGCAAGACUAAGGAGUCCCCUUCAGGAGCCCCAUACAGGACUUCUUUCAGGGUCUCCAAGAAGGCCCAAUACUCUGAACUGCUGUUUGGUGCAUAAGCACACACAACAGUCAGAGUUUUCCCCCCCAUGACCCGCAGGCGUAGGGAGGCGACCCUCUCGUCCACUGGGGUAAACUCCAACAAAGCGGCACUCAACUGGGGGCUUGUGAGUAUCCCCACACCCGCUCGGCGCCUCACACCUUGGGCAACUCCGGAGAAGAAUAGAGUCCAACCCCUAUCCAGAAGUAAGGUUCCAGAGCCGACGCUGUGCGUAGAGGUGAGCCCCACCAGAUCCAACUGGUAACGCUCCACCUCCCGCACAAGCUCCGGCUCCUUCCCCCCCAGAGAGGUGACGUUCCACGUCCCCAAAGCCAACUUCUGUCGCCUGAGUCUGGUCCGUCGAGACCCUCUGCUUUCACUGCCACCCUUCUGGCAGCGCACCCGACCCCAUCGCUGUUUCCCGUAGGUGGUGGGCCCGCGGGACGGAGAAGCGGAGGUGUUGCCCACGAUGCUUUUUCGGGCUGUGCCCGGCCGGGCUCCAUAUCAAGCCCGGCCACCAGACGCUCGCUGACGAGUCUUCCUUCUGGGCCUGGCUCCAGAAGGGGACCCCGAGCUUCCUCCGGGCCGGGUAUCCUCGCUUUCAUGUAUGUUUGUCAUGAGGUCUUUUGAACCAAUCUCAGUCUGGCUCCUUACCUGAGACCAAUUUGCCAUGGGAGACCCUACCAGGAACACAAGGUUCCAGACAACACAGCCCCCAGGUUCAUCGGGGCACACAAACCUCUCCACCACGAUAAGGUGCUGGUUCUCGGAAAGGAUGUGCACGGACAAUUCACAUAAAUGCAAAGGCUGAGAUGGAUCGGAGCCCUCAGAGUAUCUGGAUCGGAGCCCUCAGUAGAUCUGGAUCAGAGCCCUCAGUAGAUCUGGAUCAGAACCCUCAGUAGAUCUGGAUUGGAGCCCUCAGGAGAUCUGGAUCAGAGCCCUCAGUAGAUCUGGAUCAGAACCCUCAGUAGAUCUGGAUCGGAGCCCUCAGGAGAUCUGGAUCAGAGCCCUCAGUAGAUCUGGAUCAGAACCCUCAGUAGAUCUGGAUCGGAGCGCUCACGAGAUCUGGAUCUGCAUCAGACUGCUUCCUGCUAAGUGAUGGAGGAUCAUGUGACCCAAACGGAGCUGUGCAGCACUGACGGGGGUGUCGGAGGGAAGGAAGAGUCUGCAGUGGAUCCCCCCCCUGACGGAGCCUCCUGCAGGGAUGGGGCCGCGGCAACCCUGGGGGGGUGCGCUGUGAAGGUUUCAACCACCGUGCUGCACCCGGUCUGCCUGGCUGACCCCCCGCUCAUGCUGCCCCUCCACCUGCAGGGGGAGGCCCCGUACCUGAUCACCAGCCAGACACCGGGGUCCCUCCCCCUGGUCCUGGACCAGCUGAGCUCUCCCCAGCUGCCCCCCCUAACCUACACCCUGACCCCCCCUGCAGACCAGAAGUCCCAGGAGAUGCUGACCCUGCUGCAGGACCUGUUAUCUCAGGGGGGGGCUGGAGCCUUCUGCCCUCCCCCUCCCUACAUCUCCCCCCUGGCCCCGUUGGUCCCCCCUCCCACCCUGCUGGUCCCCUACCCAGUCAUCAUCCCCCUGCCGGUCCCAUUGCCGGUCCCCCUCCCCAUCCCUGUUCCCCCUCAGGAGGACUCUAAAGGGGGGCUGCAGAGGGCCGUAUGCAGUAAGAGCACCCAGACAUCAGAUUCUGCCCCCCUCCCUGCAGCUACAUCCUCCCCCCCCAAGGACCAGGCUCUGGACCUCACUGUGAGGGGGGGGGCGGUGUUCCUGAAGCACGAGCCCCUCCCCGGCCCGGAGCAGGACGGAUUGCUGGACCUAUCGGUGGGGAGGAGGAACCUGGGGGGGUUGCAGGACUCGAAGCUGCACUGGAUGGGGAUGGACAGAAGCUCGGGGUAUUCCGGAUCCCAGGGGGGGGCAGGGUCCCUCCCCCACCCGGACCUAGAGCUCCUCAGCUCCCCUCAGAAGGUCCUGGUCUCGGUGCAGGAUGCCGCCCUCAUCUGUGGGAUCAGGGGUCUGUCUGGGGGGGGGCAGCAGGUCUACGGGGGGCCGUCCUCACCAGGGGGGGGGCAAGACCCCCAUAGAAAGAAGAAGAGCCGAGUACUCAAAGUGAGGAAGGUGAGCCCUCAGGAAAUCCACUUCCUGUCCGUCAAGAAGCCCAAGCUGCUGCCAAGAAAGUGAGGGGGGUGGGGGAAGCUCAGCUGACCGGUCAGUGUUAGCCUUAAUGCUAACGCUCUACAGUCAGCUGACCUGUCAGUGUUAGCCUUCAUGCUAACGCUCUACAGUCAGCUGACCGGUCAGUGUUAGCCUUCAUGCUAACGCUCUACAGUCAGCUGACCGGUCAGUGUUAGCCUUCAUGCUAACGCUCUACAGUCAGCUGACCGGUCAGUGUUAGCUUUCAUGCUAACGCUCUACAGUCAGCUGACCUGUCAGUGUUAGCCUUCAUGCUAACGCUCUACAGUCAGCUGAACGGUCAGUGUUAGCCUUCAUGCGAACGCUCUACAGUCAGCUGACCUGUCAGUGUUAGCCUUCAUGCUAACGCUCUACAGUCAGCUGAACGGUCAGUGUUAGCCUUCAUGCUAACGCCCUACAGUCAGCUGAACGGUCAGUGUUAGCCUUCAUGCUAACGCCCUACAGUCUGCUGACCGAGUUUCCAUCGUUCACUGCAGCAUGGUUUCAGUUCUGCUCAUGUUGAAAAUGUUGGUGUUUGUGUGCGUGUGUGAGGUUCUGAUUUAUCCUCAGUGCACUAAGUUGACUUUAAGACGUUAAUGGGUGAAGCUGCUGCUCCCCUCCCUCUGAGUUUUCUGUUCUUUAAGUCUGAGAGCUCUUGUUUGAAAUGAUGACUUGUUAAUUUAUUCUUUGUACGUCUUGUAUUUAUACGAUGUGUAAAUACCCUGAGGGUCUGGGAGGAGACAAGGGUCCGGAUAUUACAGUUUAAGUUUCCUGAAGAACUGUUUUCUUCCGAAUCUGUGUUUGCCUUUUAUAUCAACGUCCACUAAAGUAUUGAUGCUCUGA